CACAGCUGAGAAUUAGAGAGAGAGAGAGAGAGAGAGAGAGAGGGAGAGGGAGCAGUGAAGUGGAAAUAUGGGUGAGCAUCAGAGAAAGACAGAAAUAGAGCGAUAAAGCAGUGAAUUAGGCAGAGGCAGAGAGAGGAGGAGGAGAAAAACAGUUUUUCAGUGAGGCGGUGAUGCUUCGUGCAGACAAGGUUAUUUUCUCGUAGCAGAGAGCUCUCGUCGUGUGCGGAUGUGAGAACCUCAUGGAUUUGCUCCCGCCUGAGUCUCAGCGGAAUUCAUUGCAUCUGGAUCCAAAACAACUGCAGACGGAGGAUGCGACUGUGGCUGGAUGCUAGGAUCCAUGUGGGCCUGUGACGUCUGCACUCCUCUCUGUGGCUACCUUCUUCCCCAUAAGGAUGGCUCCAGCGGCACUGACCCAGAUUGUGGAGUCCUGGCUCUUCGCUGUGCACUGCUCCUCCGGUGGUCUGUGAAUGUGAUGCGCACGAGGAAUGCUCUACACCUCGGCGGUGACCGCUCAGCCCGCUGCCUCUGCUGACAUCUGUCUCCGUGGAUACACACAGCCACUGGCAGGCUACGCCACUAAGACUGAUCCAUAAUAAUAAUCCCCAGCUGGAGAACAAACAACAUCUGGGCGUGGAGAGAAGGGAGAGGGUGAAGUCUCAGCAGGGUUGGCGGCAGAUGGUGACACUGCAGCAGCACUUCUCCAGCAUGGAGGAGACGGUGCGCACGCUACUACAGAACCAGGACUCUCUGGAGGGGCCCAAGGUGGACCCACUGGAUCUCAUGAAAGCGUACAAGGACAAACUCCUGGAGGAAAUGUGGAAGCAGCAGGACAGUCUGGAGGGUCCCACAGCCACAGUGGCAGCAGAGAUGCCUACCUCGCCUGAGGCCGGCGGAGGGUCGGAGGAAAAUUCAAAGGACAACAAUCCCCUGCUCGAGCGACUCAGAGCCCUGGAGGCUGAGAACUCAGCUCUGUCAAUAGAAAAUGACAAUCAGAGGAAGCAGUAUGAACGCUGUCUGGAUGAGGUCGCUAACCAGGUGGUCCAGGCCCUCCUCACACAGAAGGACUUGAAAGAGGAAUGUGUGAAGCUGCGGACCCGUGUAUUUGACUUGGAGCAGCAAAACCGCAUACUGAGUGUGCUGUUUCAACAACGUGUCAAAAUGUCCACGAUUCCUGUCUCCCAGGACAUCCAAAGGAAUGGAAAAGCAGGUAUUCCUGCAGGAAGGUGGCCCAGCCUGCUGAGUCUAACAUGCCCACGAAGUAGUGGUAGCGGCAGUGGCAGUGAACUGUCUCUAUCCAGUGCUUGUAGUGAGUACUCCAGUGGCUCCCACACGUGGGCAGAAGGACGUGGAUUCUCCAAGCAGUGUGUCACAAGCCGUGACAAAAGGAUGAGUACAGGUUCAGUAUCCAGUAAUCACUCUGCACCCAUCGAGCAGACAGAACUGGGAUGGAAGGAAGGCCACAUUCUGAAGGGCCUGAAGCGUCUCCAAAUGUGCAGCUCCAAAGAGGCAUCCUCACUUGCAUCUGUGCCACACUGCAAAGAUUGUAUGACCUCCAACGAGGGCAUAUACUCACUUGGUGUUAAGUGUGGCCAACAAGGGAGUACAGCCAAGCAAGUAGCCCCUACAAGUAAACCAUUCAAGGCAGGAGCAGGGACUGCUGCCCUAGACUCUGAUGAUGCAGAUGAUGAUUCAACUAAAUUGCAAAGUAGGGAAUCUAGUGAUCAACAAGCAAAAGAGCUUGUUUGCUUGAAGACACUGAAUGUCACAAGAGAUGAUGACAACAAUUUUCAAGAAGACCCUGAAAAACGUGCAGGGAAUUCUGGUCUUUUUCCCUCACCUGUCACAGACAACUUCUUAUUUCUGGAGGGCCCCACAGUAAAACCUGGUGUAAGCCCAACAGAUAGCCUUACACAUCUGGAGGACCAGAACAAAGACUCGCUAGAAAAACACAAGCCUUCAGGCACGAAGUUAAGUGACAGAAACAAUAAUCAGGAGAGAUCUACUGACCGUAAAUCUAGACUUGAUCACGUCAAAAGACAACACGGCAGACUUGCAGUCAAGCAAGCUGAAGCAGGGACAAGUGAUGUGAGCUCUUCUAUUCAGUAUUCUGCAACAAGAGCUCUGAGCUGUGUGAGUGUAGCUAGACAGCGCAGCUCCUCAAUGGAAGUUCCUCACUGCAGAGACCAGACAAAUCAAGCUGGCAGGGAAAGCCAGAACUACACCAUCUCAGAAUCUCCACAAAGGAAACCAAAACCUCAGCCUUGUGACUCAGCAAGAAAGGCUUUCAUUCUGCGGAGUAAGAGUGCAGAUGGAGGGAAGGAACAACCGAAGCAUACACACUCUCCUCUCCACCAAAAGCUUAUCAAGGGUCACAGGUCCAAAGGACAGUCAAACCCUCCUGGGCACAGUGUUCCCAGCAAAAGGACAAAUCUCAGUAAAACACAUUGUUCAAACAAGGUAUCAUUAUCUAACCUUGAGAACAAUGAAGACAUUGUGCUAUCGACAAGUUCCAAGUCUCUCAAGAGUGUACGCUCUCCCCUUGCUUCCCCUGUGAAACAUUCAAAAACAUUUAAGCCUCCAGGGAUCAAUGAAAGCUCAAAGAGCCCAACAAAAUCACCACUGCAAAUCACUAGACUUCAAUCAAGCAAUGAGUCUUUGGAAGAAAGCAUCUAUGACAACUUACCCUGCUCUCCGCGAAAACAACGGCGCCAAGACCAACACUGUGAUGUUUCCCAUUCGGAACAUAGGUCCCCAUCUCCACCACCACCCCCAGGUCGAACUACUUCUCUUGUCCUUAGGCCCAGUUGUGACAGCUUACCCAAAGCACAUAAAACUGCAGGUCAUGUUCAAAGCUCUACAACAUCAAGCACCACCAAGCCACAAUCAAAUCUUUCUUCAAUUUUACAGUCUCAACAGUCCAACAUAACAAAGGAUAAUCAACAUGUAGCCCUACAAAUGGGUGCUGAAGGUAACCCACUGAAAGAGAUUCCUGCCAAGCUCUACAAUACACACUCAUCCAAGAUGCCACCUGCCCUAGGUCAAGAGUCCCAACCUUUAGAGUCCGUCCAGCUAUCUAUGGACAGAACUGCAACAUGCCAUGAUGAAAAUGGUAUGCCCUCAAUUUUUCCAAAUCAGAACAUCUUACAAAGAACCCAACAAAGCAUUAGUGAGCCAAAACUUUCUGAAGUCUUGCCUCAGGCAUAUUCUAAUGUUUACUACCAUGGGAUUACCAAUAAUCCUCAGAGUUCCACCUCAAGAGCUGUAAAAAUGGCUCUUCCUUUAAAUGCUAAAUCUCAUGAGGCAAUCGCUGGACAAGACACCAGUACCUUCCUAGUUUUUGGAAGACAUAACAAAGAUGAUCCAAACUCGACUGCAAAAAGUAUCCAGACUUUUCAGACUUUUACCUGUGAUCCCAAGAUGGUACAUGAAUGUGGAGCUGAAGACAAAGCCCGCAGAAAGAUUGAGACCCGCUGUAACUCGCUGGACUCUGAGCCUUCAGUUCAACCUGUUGCCUCAGACAGUGGUGUGAUGUUAGAUUGGGGAUUUGAUGAGGAAGGUUGGUUGUUUAAACGAUCUGUUUCUGUGUCAACUAGACCUCCCCUUAAGCCAGUAAUGGGCAUGAAUGGGGCUAAAGCUCGUAGCCAGAGCUUUGGUGCACGCUACAUGGACAGGCCAAGCUUCAACAGAUCUGGAAAGGUCCGUACCCAGAUCAAAACACACUCAGGGAGCUCCUUGAACUCUCUCAGUGAUGUCCUUCCAGGAAGUAUGAGUUGCUCCAGUAGCUACCAUUGUCCAAUGAAUCGAUCCCUUUUAAACAACUUCUUGAUUGAAGAGGGUCUGACAGUUCCUUCACAUCUGGGGUCCUCCAGUGAAAGACUUCAGAGUCUUAAACAGCAACGAGAGCAGGCGAGGCGCCUUCAGAUUGAGCAACAGUUUUCAAGCGCCUUUGGUGAACCAGUUUCAGAAGAACCAGAAAGACAAAGUACUAUAACCACAAUCGAAGAGAAAGUGAUGCUCGGCAUAGAGGAGAACUUACACAAGUCUCAGGAACAGGAGAGAACCAGUGAAGUGAAGCAAAAAUCUGGCUCAACCUUGGCAAACUGGUUUGGUUUUCGUAAGAGUAAGCUACCUGCUCCAAGCAGCAAAAAGACUGAUCCACCUAAAGUAAAAGAGGAGAAGAGGGAGCAAAAGAUUACAUCACUUCUGGGAGGAAAACAGACAAAGUCUGACAAAAAGAGAGACAGAAGAAAAAGUGAUGGAAAAGACUGCUCUGUAGGGAGAAGAGAGUCUCAUGAUGCAGUGAGGGCAUGCAUCUCAAUGCCCUGCCCAGGAAUGUCCCUGAAUGAGAUACAAGGACAUACUGACAUCAUCGGGGACCCGAAGAUGCAGAUGAUGAACCUGAGACCUGAUGGUGAAAAUGGAUCCACAGUGAAGAGCCCCAACCAGGAUGCUGUAAUAGGCUCCGGCUGCAAGAUGCGAACGUUGGACAGUGGAAUUGGGACCAUCCCCCUUCCUGAAUCCUGUUCCUUCUUCUCCUCUAUCCUGCACCUUCUCCCCAAAUCCUCAUCAACCCCAGAACAGUCCCUCAGUCCUCCCAGUGUCCCUGGUUCCUCCAGUGAGGAUGUGUCUCCUUCCCCAUUACCCCGGUGGAGGAUACCCUCCAGCUUUAAGGACAGCAGCCAUUCAGGGGUGCCAAACUCCCUCUCCGACUCCUCCAUGACCCAUAUCCAGUCAGUGCCUUUCCCCACUGUGGCCUUCCUCCAGCCCAUCCAACCCCAGUCUGAACCCAUUGUGACCUCUGCCAGUUUGUGUGAUACCCAGAGCAGGCUACCCAGACCACCACCAGGUGCAAUGGAACCAAAAAAGUUGACCUACAUCAAAUCAAAAACAAGAGCCACUCCGAGCCAACAGAAAGAGCAGACAAGACUCCAGCUUGCCAACUAGUUUAUGAAGCUGACUGAGUCAACCUGAAGCAAAGAAUCAAGCAAUCAGUUGAAUUUAUCACUCUAACACACAUGGAGGAUACCGAAAUCCCACAGUUUGGACACCGCAUCUCUGUAUCAGGAUGAAACGCUCAGAGCUGGACAACAAGUGAGCUUGGCAUUGUGGGCUUCCACCUGUGCUCAGUGUAGUUUGAGAUACUGAGUAGCCUUUGAGGUGUAGUAAUGAACCUUCUGGCAGCCAUGUUGGUGGUCUGCAGCUCAUUGGCAUCAGCUGUGUGCAGCUGAUUGAAUUUCUAAAUGUACUUCUCUGCUGUCUCACAGGACUGGAGGUAAACAGACAUUUACAUUUUCCUGUUUUUUUUGUGUGUUUUUUUCAACUUGUUCUUACUCCAAACUCAUCAAAUACUGACGCUUGGUCAGUGGCCCUCGGCGUCUGAUGUUGACACACCAAGGCACUCUUAAGCAUCUAUAUGAGAUUGAACUGUGAUGCAUCACUAUUAGACACUCUGAGAAACUGACGCAGUAUAAAGAGCAAGGGGACUUUCACCCAGGAGACGGCUGUUUGUCUUCCAUGUGAAACCAAAGGUCACCACUGACUUAUUUUAACUACGUGACAUAUAUCAUGUGACAUACCCAGAGCAUCAUUUUGAUGCAUAGGAUCACUGACCAAGCAUCUGUAUUUGAGAACUUGAGAGUAAGAAUCUGUAAUAGAAGUAAUCAUACUAAAAUGUGAACACGUGACUGAUUUUUUUUUUUUUUUUUUUGGUAUCAGGUUAGCUACUGUAGCACUUUCAUGGCUACCUGUUAUCAUCAUUAUCUUAGUUAAACACAAGCUAAUGCAUGUAGGCCUGGUUUAAGCUAACACUGGUGGCCAACAGCUGCAUUUUUACACUGCUAUGUAAUAACCAUACUUGUUAGCUAGUUAAGCUAACUGCAUAGAAAAAGAACAACUAAAAAUAGGAAGACAGUUUCCAGUGUUGCAGUAACCUGAAUGCUAAAAAAACCCCACAACUAAUCAGAGAAUUAGCUCUACAUAACUCUAACUGACUUAAUUGAUCUUCCACUGCAGCACACAGCUAUCGUCUUUAAAAAGAUACUUCUCACAUUGCAACUCCAACACCAUGUAAUGGGUACAGCAAUGUUAUUGCAACCCUGUCACCAACAAAUUAUGUUCACGUACAACUAACUGAGUGCCGCUAUACCGCAGAAAUGGAGGAGUAUAAUCAAAUGAAUAAACUUUUCAUUUUUACAGCCAAAAUAUUUGCCACAGUACAGAAAGGACUGUCAAUACUAUGUGGACUCCAACAAGGAUUUGUCUACUCAUCUAUAAUCUACACAUGGAAACACAUUACAGUAAACUAUUUUAUCAACUUUUGUAACCUGGUGGUUAAAAUUGCAUCAAUUAAAUUUGGCCACUAGGGGACAAAACAAAACACAAUGACAGACAGAGGCUGUGUUUGACAUUGCAUACUAACAUACUAUUCAUACUAAGUAUGAUGUAAAAUAAGUAUAUAAUGCAUUCUAACCAUGGAUGUGUUAAGAGAACUGGAUACAGCAUUAGAGGUGGGGCCCCAUUCAUUCCUAUGGAAGUUGCCCAGUGGUGCAUGAGGCCAAAAACAUUCAACUGCCACUUAUGCUACCGGCCGAGCUGGCUACUUAAUUUUAGUGCUUCGCUAAUUUGAACGGUAAAAAAAAAAAAAAAAAAAAUUAAUCUAGCAGUUCUAGACUUUAAAAAUGGUACCGGACUGAAUGGAUCAAAUCCUGGUUGUGAAACAAAUCUUUUUGGCUGGUGUGUCAUUUACAGACAUCUUUACAGACAUUUACAGACACCUCUUUCCCAAUGUAAGUCUAUGGGAAAAUGUUUUUUGGGGGGCCCAAUGGCAUCAUGUGAUGGGUUCUGGAGUUUCAAUUCUGUUUGGGGGCCUAGUUCCAACUGCAUAGUAUGGGAUUUUGUGAAUGCAAGAAAUGGAUGGAUGUAUACUAGAUUAGCAAGAAUUUCUGAGUAUGAGACAUGACUUUACUCAACAUACUCAACCGCCCCGAAACUCAAUAUGGCUCUUCACACUGUCCAAUGAUGGACUGUGAGGCAAACUGUUUAAAGCAUUAACCGCUGGCCAAAAUUUAAUGAUGUUAAAGUACAAGGCGGCACAGUGGUUAGUAUUGUCGCCUCACAGCAAGAGGAUUCCUGAUUCAAACCUAGGCUGGGGGGCUUCUCCCACAAUCCAAAGACAUGCAGGUUAGGUUAAUUGGUGACUCUAAAUUGCCCAUAGGUGGGAAUGUGAGUCUCUAUGUGUCAGCCCUGUGAUAGUCUGGCGACCUGUCCAGGGUGUACCCCGCCUCUUGCCCAAUGUCAGCUGGGAUAGGCUCCAGCCCCCCUGCGACCCCUAACAGGAUAAGCAGGCACAGAUAUGGAGUAAUGUUAAAGUACAGUUAAGAGGAAAAGUGCGGGGACACACAUAAUGUAGUGUAGAAAACAACACUAAAACAUUUAAUAAUUUUAAUUUGCCUUAAAAUAACACUGGAGAGAAUUAAAUGUAGUGGAAGAGGUACUGUUGAUUUAUAUUUGUAAUAAACUAUUUUCAUUCAAAUGUUAGUCGAUAAUGUUGUGAUGAAGAGAUGAUAUAUUGCUUCAGUGUCAACAGUCUGCUGGUAAUGGCAUUCAUUCAUCUUCAUCCUCUUGAGGUUCGCGGGGGGGGGCUGGAGCCUAUCCCAGCUGACAUCGGGCGGGAGGCAGGGUACACCCUGGACAGGUCGCCAGUCUAUCGCAGGGCUGACACAUAGAGACAAACAACCAUUCGCACU